AAUGGUGGCGUCGGUGGGACAUUGAAUGACUUUGGCUCCACCACGAAUGUAGCUAACGUUUGGUUUAUAAUUUUCCUCAUAAACCGCGAGCAUGGAGGCUCUUAUCCCCGUGAUAAACAAGCUGCAAGAUGUGUUCAACACAGUGGGAGCGGAUGUCAUUCAGCUCCCGCAGAUAGCAGUAGUUGGGAAUCAGAGCAGUGGUAAGAGCUCAGUGCUGGAGAGCCUGGUGGGCCGGGACCUGCUGCCCCGUGGGACUGGUGUCGUAACCAGGCGACCUCUCAUCCUCCAACUGGUCCAUGUAGAUCCUGGAGCUGCGAGGAAAAAUGACGACGGUGGCAGAGAAGGUGAAGACUGGGGCAAGUUCCUGCAUACAAAAAACCAGAUCUACACAGAUUUUGAAGAAAUCAGGCAAGAAAUUGAAAAUGAAACAGAGCGACUAUCUGGGAAUAAUAAGGGGAUCAGCGAUGAUCCCAUUCAUCUGAAGAUAUUUUCUCCGAACGUUGUCAACCUCACGCUGGUAGAUCUGCCUGGAAUCACUAAGGUGCCCGUGGGUGAUCAACCUGUUGACAUCGAGGUUCAGAUAAAGGAUCUAAUCCUGAAGCACAUCGCUAACCCCAACUGCAUCAUCCUGGCCGUCACUGCGGCUAACACAGACAUGGCCACCUCGGAGGCACUCAAGGUGGCCCGGGAGGUCGACCCUGACGGCAGGAGGACACUGGCUGUGGUCACCAAGCUGGACCUGAUGGACGCCGGCACCGAUGCUAUGGACGUGCUGAUGGGCAGAGUCAUUCCGGUCAAACUAGGCCUCAUCGGAGUUGUCAACAGGAGCCAGCUGGACAUCAACAAUAAAAAGUCUGUGACCGAUGCCAUCCGAGACGAACAUGCCUUCCUGCAGAAGAAAUAUCCGUCUCUUGCCAACAGAAACGGGACCAAAUACCUGGCCAGAACCCUGAACAGGUUACUGAUGCAUCACAUCAGGGACUGCCUCCCUAACCUGAAGACACGGAUCAACGUGCUGGCAUCCCAGUACCAGUCCCUGCUCAGCAGCUACGGUGAACCCGUGGAAGACCAAAGUGCCACCUUGCUCCAGCUCAUCACCAAGUUCGCCACAGAAUACUGCAACACCAUAGAGGGCACGGCCAAAUACAUUGAGACGGCAGAACUGUGUGGUGGAGCCAGAAUUUGUUACAUAUUCCACGAGACCUUUGGCAGAACAUUGGAGUCUGUGGAUUCUCUGGGAGGACUUAGCACCAUGGACAUCCUAACGGCCAUAAGGAACGCAACAGGCCCGCGUCCGUCCCUGUUUGUGCCCGAGGUUUCCUUCGAGCUGUUGGUGAAGAAGCAGGUGAAACGCCUGGAGGAGCCCAGCUUGCGUUGCGUGGAGCUCGUCCAUGAGGAGAUGCAGAGGAUCAUCCAGCACUGCAGCAACUACAGCACACAGGAGCUGCAGAGAUUCCCUAAGCUGCAUGAGGCCAUUGUGGAAGUAGUCACCUCCCUCUUGAGGAAGAGACUGCCUGUAACCAAUGAAAUGGUGCAUAACUUGGUUGCAAUAGAGCUGGCCUACAUCAACACCAAACACCCAGACUUUGCAGACGCCUGUGGGGUCAUGAAUAACAAUAUAGAGGAGGAAAGGAGAAACCGAAUGAGAGAGCUGCCCUCUGCAGUGCCCAGGGACAAGUCUGUUGGCAAAGGCCCGGCUCGCCCAACUGGGGUUUCUGGCGAGCCUUCUGCGUCUGGACCAGACAUGGACGGUGCCAAGGCCCCAGCAGCAGGGCCCCAGGCGGAGCAGGAUGGCACAGGGAACUGGAGGGGGAUGCUGAAGAAAGGAGAGGACGCCCCUGGCUCCGGACCUGGAAGCCCCCUUAGAGGAGCUGUUAACCUGCUCGAUGUGCCUGUGCCGGUUGCCAGGAAGUUGUCAUCACGUGAGCAGCGGGACUGUGAGGUCAUCGAGCGCCUCAUCAAGUCUUACUUCCUCAUCGUCCGCAAGAACAUCCAGGACAGUGUGCCAAAGGCAGUGAUGCACUUCCUGGUCAACCAUGUGAAGGACAGCCUCCAGAGCGAGCUCGUCGGCCAGCUGUAUAAAUCUGGCCUCCUCAACGAUCUGCUGACUGAAUCGGAGGACAUGGCCCAGCGGCGCAAGGAGGCUGCCGACAUGCUGCAGGCUUUGCAAAAAGCUAGCCAGGUGAUCGCUGAGAUCAGGGAAACACAUCUGUGGUGAAAAAUCAACAAAGGGAGCUGAACCCGAUCUCUUACUGCCUCAUCAUGCCUAAAGGACCGACGCUCCACGCGUUCAUGUCUGAACAUGAAGUUUGGAUUUGCAAAUAAGAAAAUGCACUGUUCUGAUUCCUGCUUGAAGUAGGUAUCAUAUUGGCUCGUAAGCUACCUGAAAGAAAUGCAAGUUAAUUGUUUAUUUAAAAUACUUGGUAAUGUAUACAGUAUAUGGAAAUGCACUUUCUGUUAAAAGGUGAAAGUUUAGAAACUGCAGUUGCCACCAAAGCACACUACUUUAGAGUUAGUUUAAUACGAUUAACCAGUAUGGAAAUGGAAGUUUUGAUGCUAUUUUGGUAGCUCCACAAAGCUUUCGGCUCUAAAUAUUCUUCUCAUCUGCAACAUUUAGGAGUAGCUGUCAUGUGUCAAACCUCAGAAAUCAUAGUGUAAUCAUAGAUUGGGUAACUAAAUGUAACUACAUGAGUUUCAGCAAAUGUUAGUUCUCUGUACUUCAUCACUUUAUUUUUUGCACUGUUGUCACCGUACUGUAUAGAAAGUUCAUUAUUCUGACACAAUCAGAAUUUUUAUUUAUUAAUGUUAUAAAAUUAUGUUUACAUAUCACUGCCUCUAUGUGAAGUGCACUGUGGUUGUGUAUGGUUGCCAGAAGAAAAAUAUCGACUAGUUUCAAACUUAACUUUUUAUUGCUUAAGCAUACAUUAAUGUUAUCUGUCAAUACUUCUGCUCAUUUUCUGACAUUUCCUUGGAGAGCUCCCGCUGAUGUCUGCUUCUAUCUCCUGCCCUUGCCCCUUCCUUUGGUGCUGUGGAACGAAACAAAUUUGUAAUUUUUAUUGUCUUCAUUUUGGUUCUCCAUACAACUCAAAUGAUCAGACAGUGAUGGCAUAGCAAGUUAAAAAAAAUAAAUGCAUUGACAUCUAA